GGUUUGCGGAGUGUGUCACAACAAAAAUUGCAAACAGCAAUAAGAUUUGAGUGGUGUCAAUUUAGUGAGAUUUCUUCUCAGAAGGCAACACAGCUUGCAUCUAAAUAGUGAUUCGACAUACAAGAAAAAGAAUUUGGAUGUUUUAUUAGGUCAACAUUAUAAGAACAAUAAAAUCGUCACAUUAGCAUUGUGAAAUGUCCAAGCUGUUUCUAAAUCCCACCAUAUCCCACCUCUGUUCCUCCAUUUUAUCCUCUUUCAAACCCCUCCGACCAUUCUCACAUGCAGCAGCAUCAUUGCAUGUGCAUUCCUGUCCAGUACUGCAUCACAGGCUAUCAGCAAACACUUUCCCUGCACCGCGGAUCCAGUCGCUAGCCCCUCCCUCCGUGACGCGAAGUCUGCAGACGGCGCGGAGCGGCAGCUCGCGACGCGAGGAGCGCUGGCGCAGAAGGGACCGCAUCCCGUCCGAGUUCCGGCUGGUGUACGUCGCUCCCAACGAGCGGUGGAUGCGCGCCGCGGCGCUGGCCGUGGCCUCUCCGCUGCUGGUGGCCGUGCCGGCCGCGGCGCUGCGGCCGACCUCGGUGCUGCUGCUGGCCGCCGAGUGGCAGGUGCUGCUGGGCGGCGGGCUGUACGGCCUGCUGGCUGCCGCCGUGCUCCUGCUGACCUGGCGGUACCCGUUCCGGAUGUACCACAGCGCGGCGCGGCGUCAGUUUCGUGCCGUGCUCACCGGACCGCUGCUGCUCAACUCGCGCCAGCUCAGCCUGCCGGAGGGCUCGGUGAGCCGCGCGCGGAGCGUCUCCAACAUAAUGCCGUGGGUGGACUCCCUCUAUAAGAGCCAGCAAGGCAAGCUGGUGCUGCUGGACACGGGCUUCCAGUCGGCCGAGAUGUUCAACAGGCUGCUCGGUCAUCAUGUGGACGAGGAUGAUGACAGCGGAGGUAGUGCAUAAAAAGUGCGUGGACAGCGACUGGUAGAUUAUUUGAAUCGCGAAAUAUUGUUAUGAUUUGCACAUUUGCUGUGGCAUGUUUCGAAUAAAUAGUGUAUGCUUA